AAGCCGCUGUGUGCGCAUGCGUGACCAGACGUGGCAACACAGCGGCAUCAUGGCCUCUCGGAACCGCUACAGGAGUCGGAUGAGAGGGGGCAAAAUGCUCUUGUUCGUCCUCCUGGUGUGGCUGACAUCGGUGCUGGAUGCAGUCAAGGUGUCCCCCCUCAUAGAGAAGGUCAACGACCACAAAGACUUGAAGAAACUGCUCAGGACCAGAACCAACGUUCUGGUUAUCUACACCAAAACAGCUUCAUCAGGAGAUGUCCACCUGAAGCUGCUGUCCGAUGUGGCCGAGACGGUCAAGGGCCAGGGAACCAUUGCCUGGGUCAACUGUGGGGACUCGGAGGGCCGUAAGCUCUGCAAGAAAGUCAAAGUGGACCCCAGCUCCAAAAGUGGCGGUACAGAGUUGCUGCAUUACAAAGAUGGAACCUUCCACACAGAGUACAGCAGGCCCGCUACCUUCAAGUCCAUGGUGGCCUUCCUGAAGGACCCCUCGGGGCCUCCACUGUGGGAGGAAAACCCGGAAGCAAAACACGUUGUUCACAUAGAGACAGAAAAAGACUUCAGGAAGCUGCUGAAGAAAGAGGACAGGCCGGUCCUCAUGAUGUUCUACGCUCCAUGGUGCGGCGUCUGUAAGAGGAUGCAGCCUGUCUUUCAGCAAGCAGCCACAGAGACAAAGGGACGAUACGUCCUGGCCGGCAUGAACGUGCACCCGGCCGAGUUCGACGGCCUCAAGCAGGAAUUCAAUGUGAAAGGCUACCCGACCUUCUGCUACUUCGAGAAAGGCAAGUUCCUCUACCACUACGAAAACUACGGUGCUACAGCCAAGGACAUCACAGAAUGGAUGAAGAACCCUCAGCCCGUCCAGCCGAAGAGCCCUGAGGUGCCAUGGUCCGAGACGGAGUCGGCCGUCUUCCACCUGACAGACGAGUCCUUUGACCGCUUCCUGGAGGAGCAUCCUGCUGUCCUCAUCAUGUUCUACGCCCCCUGGUGUGGUCACUGCAAGAAGAUGAAGCCCGCAUACGAAGAAGCAGCCGAAACGCUCAACAAAGACAAAGAGAGUCCUGGCGUGCUGGCGGCGGUGGACGCCACAGUCCACAAGGCCGUUGGGGAUCGUUUCAAGAUUUCGGGCUUCCCUACGCUGAAGUAUUUCGAGAAAGGACAGGACACGUACACACUGCCACAGCUCCGCAGCAAAGACAAGAUCAUCGAGUUUAUGCACAAUCCGCAGGCGCCGCCCCCGCCGGACCAGUCUUGGGAGGAGAAGCCCUCCAGUGUGGUCCAUCUCGGGUCGGAGGACUUCCGGGAGGCUCUGAAGAAGAAGAAACACGCUCUGGUCAUGUUCUACGCCCCUUGGUGUCCGCACUGUAAAAACGCCGUGCCUCACUUCACUACCGCAGCAGAGCUUUUCAAAGAGGACCGCAAGAUAGCGUACGGCGCGGUGGACUGCACCAAAGGACAGAACCAGGAGCUCUGCAAGCAGGAGGGGGUGGAGGGCUACCCCACCUUCAACCACUACAACUACGGCAAGUUUGUGGACAAGUACCACGGAGACCGCGGGGAAGCGGGCUUCAUCGGCUUUAUGCGUAGCCUGCGAGGCCGCGAUCAGGAGAAAGUGAUCAAGAGGAAGGAGGAGCUCUGAGACGCGGCGUUCGGGGGCAGCCACGCACGCACUUGCCCCCCCAUCAGCACUGACACAGGAGACAUGAUGACCUCAGCAAAUAUUACAAUACGGUGGCAAUUACCCCCCCAACCCCACCCCCCCACACACACACCUUCCCCCGCCCCCACCUUCCCCUUUUCGGGGGCCCCAAAUGAGAGGUGCACAGACACUGUGACUGACUGACAAGCUAAUGCGUAUCUAUGCAAUACUGAGGGUGGGGGUAGGGGGCGCCGUCACUUCACCCCCCCCACCCCACCCCCCUCUAGGAGGUUCACAUCCUCCCGUUGGUUCCACACUUUGUGUAGAGAGCCUUCAUGUCUGUGAGCAUGCCAACAACGCGUGUCAUGUGACCUGGCGCUCCCGUAGCAACGCGGCGUGACAAACAUCGAGGCCAAGUUUUACGUUUUUGUCUUGAAAUUGUGGCCUUAAGGUAGGAAACACGAGGAAAAUGGAAGCAGAAGCUGAGCGCCUUUGCUUGUUUUGUUGUUUUUGAUUCCCCCCCCACAAGAUGCCAAAUAUGAGCGUCCUCGUCCAUAUUCCAAUAACCUGUCUGCUGUUUUGUGACCCCCAUCGUGUCCCGGCAAUCACUUGAGUGACGUCAUGGUUGAAUCUGUUUAUGCCAUGAAAAGCGUGGAUUCCCAACUUUGAGGUAAGGUGGAGAUACACGCUUUUCAUUGGGGGGGGGGGGUUGUAAUCCUGUUGGUUUUCUUCUCCCGUUCCACCGCUCGGAAUAUUCCCAGUUGAUCUGUAGCGCUUUUUUUAAUCACAUCUUAAGAAUUUGGGUUUCCGCGGUUGCCAAUAAGGUUCUCAGGGAAGGCGUGACGCAAUGACAGGGAAGUGCGUGGUCACUUUGUGCUCCUUUGUGUUCUCCACCAAAAAGCAAGGCCGGCAUCGUCCUGUGUCCGUGUGGCGUCGCCAGCCGGUAGAUGUUAGCGCCACAUUCCACGCGGGAACGUCGCACACGGGAGACGAUUCCACUGAAGACCAGGACGAGCAUCCGUCUUAUCCCAAAGUGUGCGUGUGGUGUGGGAACGUGUCGCACGUAUUGCCAAGAAGUCAUUGUUGCCUUUUUCUGUUGUUUUGUUUCUGUCCAAUCAGCCAUGUUGUACACGUUUACCCCGCGACUGUGCUAACAAUAAAAAACAAAUCUUUUUUUUUUUCCAAAACCUGUUAUCUUAUUCUCAUUUUGUCCCCUAAAAUCAACUAAAUGCCGCUUGUUCUGUUGAAAAAGGUAAAAACAGCUCGUAUUCUACACACCUAAUGCAGGUCAUACUUGUCCACCCUCCUCCCCGUAUUUUGCCCUCCUUUCCUCUUCGGUGUGGCAGGUGACCUCAUUUCCGGAAAUGUCCUUUAUUUCCAAAUGCAAAUGUUGUCAAGUAUGAUGCGGGGUAUGAAGGUUCAUUUCUUUCUUUACUACCAAACCUUUUUUUUACACACUGAAAAACCUAUUUUGAUCAUUAUAUGCUGAAAAUGGGCCGCACGGUGGUCUAGUGGUUAGCAUGGUGGCACACAGUAACAGCCUGGAGAUGGGAAAUCCACUUGGGCAUUUCUGUGUUUGCAUGUUCUCCCCGUAUGUGGGGGGGUUUUCUGGGUACUCCGGCUUCCUCCCACAUUCCAAA